AUGAAUCUGAAUGAAGAGAAAAGGAUUCCAUUAUGCUGCGAAAUUUGUUUAAAGAACGAAAAAGAUGUAUCACAUGAAAUGAUAAAAACUGCAGCACAUAAAUGGCUACUUUCCUUAGGAAUAACUAUAACGUUAGGUCGACAUGAUCCAAAUAAAAUAAUAUGUGACUUAUUAAAUAAAUAUUGUGAUUAUAUAGUUAUUGAGCCAGCUAUACCUAUAAAAAUAGUAAAAGAAUACAAUGGGAGUUAUGACAGUGAUAUGUAUGGGGAAUUAUACAGUACAUAUUACUCAGUAUAUGAUGUAAAUAAUUCACAUUACAAUCUAAAUAUAAAUGAUAAAUUAAAUUGUACAAAAAAGGAAAACGAAACAAAUAAUUUAAUACCAAGUUGGAGAAAUUGCGAUAAUUAUGACAAUGCGAAUAAUUUAAUGCCAGAUCAAGCAAAUUACAAUAAUUAUGAACAUGAAAUUGCUUUAUUACCAGAUCGAGUGAAUUACAAAAAUUAUGAACAUGAAAUUAAUUUAUUACCAGAUCCGUUGACUUAUUACAGUUCAAAUAAUGAUACCAAUUUACCCUUAACAAAAAAAAAAGAAAAUCUUUCAAAUAGACCUAGUACUAGCUCUCUAGUUAGUUCUAUAGCUGUCCCACAAAAUGUCGUUUACUGCUCUCCUACAUAUAACGAAAUAAAAAAUAAAGAGAAAAUGAAAUCACCUAAUAUAUUAUUUACUGUACCUGUGAUAGGGGAAAAAUCUAUAUCUUCAAUGGAAGAAGAUCCAAUCAUAUUGCCAAAUUUUUGUUGUAUAGUAAAUGUAGUAACCUAUUACAAAAAUGAUGAUUUUAUAGAAGAACAAUUUAACGAAACAAGUGAAAAUGAAGAAGAAGAAAAAAAAGACAUACCUAUAUAUUCUCAAUAUAUAUUACCACAUUUACGUUUCCAUAAAUUAUGGGAUACUUUAUAUUAUGAAGAAAAUAUUAAAAGAGAUUUAUUAGAAUAUGUAUCUGCAUUAAUGUUGUUUGCUACCAAAAAAAUUGAUUCUAAUUUAAUAAAUUAUAAUCAUCUUGUAUUGCUAUAUGGCCCACCAGGAACUGGCAAAACGUCCUUAUGCAAAGCGUUAGCUAAUAAAAUUUGUAUUCGACUUUCUAACAUAUAUACCACAGGCAUUUUGAUCGAGUUGAACGCGCAUACGCUAUUUUCAAAAUGGUUCAGUGAAUCGGGAAAGCAAGUGUUAAAAUUGUUUAAUAAGAUUAAAAAAAUAAUCAACGAUUAUGAAGAAAAUGAUAUUUUUAUAUGUUUACUAAUAGACGAAGUAGAGAGUUUGUCCGCAGAUAGGAAAAGAUCUAUGGGAAGCACAGAGCCAUCAGAUAGUAUAAGAGUUGUUAAUACCUUGUUAACUCAAAUAGACUCUUUAAAGUAUUACCAUAACACCUUGUUGUUGACGACGUCUAAUAUAUCUGAAAUGAUUGAUGAUGCUUUCAUUGAUCGAGUAGACCUCAAACAGUUCAUAGGAUUACCCAAUGAAGAAUGCAGAUAUGAAAUAUACAAGGACUGCAUAGGCGAAUUAAUAGAGAAAGGAAUAGUUUGCUUUUCAUCGAAAAUACCGAGUUAUCAAAGAAUUCAAAAGUUGCUGAAAAAUGAAAAGGAUAAAGCAAAGGACGAAUACAAUUACGGAUAUGAAUUAGUGAAAUGUUCUAAGAUGAGUAAAGGCUUUAGUGGGCGAUGUUUAAGAAGAAUACCUUUUCAAGCGUAUGCCUAUUUUUGUCAAGCCACCCUACGCUUUUAUAAUUCGACAAUUAAUAAUCAACAAAACGCCUUCAUUUCUCUCCAAGAUUUUUUAGUAGCACUUCAAAUGGCCAUUCAGAAAGAAGUUACAAAUAAAAAUAAGCUACUAGAACAAAAAAUGUAA